AUGUCGCUCGACAGGAUGUGGUCCGGAUGUGUUGAGCCCAUCCACCCUGGCUACAUCAAAAAGGCUGUGGCAAGCGUUACUGGAAAGCUUAUCUACGACGCUGCCAUUUCCGAGUAUACGGAAGAUGACUUGGACCUCCUCUAUGGCUUCACGAAACGCAUACAGUGUAUCUGUCUCGACUACUCCUCCCUCUUUUUUGACUUUAACCAUCCGGCUCUCCGGCAACUGGUUUCCUCACCAUCCACUGUGCAGCGUGCCUUCCCCAAGCUCGAACGGUUGUAUUCUUCGGUCCAGAAUCUUGACCCGGAAGCCCUCAUUCCUCACACCCACUUCCUCGUUCCUUCACUUCUCGAGCUCUCUUUGGCGUCUAUGGCUCCCGCAUCGGGACCCGAAAAUGCCGAGCAGAUGUUACGCGUUGCUGCGGAUCGAUGCCCUCGCUUGCAGCAUCUUGAACUGCGGGGGAAGUUCUCUACGUCGGUUCUAUCCCACCGUAUCGACCGAUUCUCAAUAGUUCUUCAGUCAGAUGGCGCGGACUCUCAUAUGCGCGCGAUGGACAGCGUCAGGCUAUGUCCGUCGAGCAUGGACGACGCGGCGGAGAUUCUGCGCUCGCUCGCGGUCGAUGCCACUACUUUGCUGAGCGAAACUAGUCCAGUGCUUCCUUCUCGACAUAUGGAGACUCUUAGCAUCGUCGUGUGCAACGUGCAAGAUCUGAACGCGUUUAUUCGAACCCUGGCAAAGGUUUUCCCUACCAUUCUUACCCUCAACAUCAACAAAGAUCCUAGACGUGAGGUGUCCGGAGAUACGUCGCCAGUGACAUUCACUACUAUGAAGCCCCUCUUGGAGCUCUUUCAGCUAGUCAACCUGUCGAUGCAGGUGAAAACGCAAUUAGCACUGGCAGACGAAGACCUCAAGCAGCUAGCAGAAGGGCUACCAUUGCUUAAGACGCUCAAGUUGGUCGACGAACAAUCGCAAGACAGGGAAGCUACCAUCGCUGGGGUGUUGGCGGUCGCGAGCCACUGCCCACGCCUCUCUUCGCUCACGCUUCGGGUAAAUACGACGCGCUCGUGUCGACCUGAUUUUGAGGACAUAGGUGAAGCACGCGUCCAAGUCGACUCUGGUCUCGAAUGCCUCGAUGUAUGGGAUGAGUCGGCUUCACCAGACCCAAACGACGUGGCGGAGCUGGCAAUCAUGAUGGCGGCUGCUUUCGGGAGAUUGAGGCUCCUAGAAUUAGGGCCGUACCACAGGGGAUACAUCCGCGAUGCUAUCAAACGAGUACGCGAAGCUGAGAAGGAGAAGGGGAUUUCAGCGCUAGAUGCUGAGUCCUUGCGGGAUCUCGUGCGAGAUUUGACGGCCGGCGGAUCCUCCUCGGAGCCACCAAGGUUGUAACCAGAAG